AUGACAAAUAAGGCAUAUGAUAGUUCAAAUAAAGUAAGUGAAAAAAAUCAAAAUAAAGCAAGUAAAACAAGAGACAUAAAACAGGAAAGUUGGGUAAAUAAAACAACUCAAGAAAAUAAUAAAAAUAAGGCUAGUGAAGGAACUAAGAGCUCUUUUGAAUUAUUAAGUCAUAAUAAAGAAAAAGCAAAUAACUUAGUUGUAGUUUCAGUAAAAGUAGCAGAUCUGUUUGAAGAUUUUGAAAAUACUAAAAA